AAUAAAAUAUUUCGGUUAUGUUUUACUUUCACUUUGGAUUUGAACGCGAUGUCAGUCACAUUGCACACAGAUUUAGGAGACCUGAAGAUUGAACUUUUCUGUGAACAGGUACCAAUAGCAUGUGAGAAUUUCCUUGCAUUGUGUGCAAGUGAUUACUACAACGACUGUAAGUUUCACAGGAACAUCAAAGGAUUCAUGUUACAGACUGGAGAUCCAACAGGAACUGGCAAAGGUGGAAAUAGUAUUUGGGGCAGAAAAUUUGAAGAUGAACUUAGAGAUGGUCUCAAGCACAGUGUACGUGGUGUAGUAUCUAUGGCAAACAAUGGACCGGAUACCAAUGGUUCCCAGUUCUUCAUCACUUACGGUAAACAGCCUCACCUAGAUAUGAAAUAUACAGUCAUAGGAAAGGUAAUAGAUGGGUUUGAAACACUGGAUGAUUUUGAGAAACUUCCAGUUAACGAGAAAUAUCGUCCAGACAGAGAUGUACGGAUACGAUCGGUUGUCAUUCAUGCAAACCCAAUAGCAGAUAAAGAUUACAAAGUUCAAAGAUGAGACAGACAGUAGAUUAGGACAGGAAACUCAACUUGUACAUGCGAAUCAAAAUACAAUGGUCUGUAACUGACUGGUGUUUACAAGUGGUGUAAUAUGCUUGUAGACUGCAUGCACAGAAAACACGCAGUGUGAUAUAACUGUGUACUUAGAAAGAAUGCCAAUUCAACAUGUUCAAUGAAUGUUGCAAGCGAAUUCAAUUCAAUACAGGUGAAACAUAAUGAAAAAUACCCAUGAUUAGAUCAUGACAUUUUGGAGUGUUCAUGUUAAGCCAUAUUGUAAUAAUAAGGUUUAGUUAUAUAUUAAUAAAACUAAAAAAGUAACAUUCAUUUGGUAAAUUAUGAUAUAUUUAUUUUCUACUUUGAAAUUUAAUGACUGUCAUUGAUUGUAAAUGUACUGUUUGAUGCAAUAAAAAAACAGUAACAUAA